AAUAUGGGACGGCCAUUUUUGUAAAUGAAUAAUAAGAAAUACAAGUCGGUGUCGAAAUCCUAAAUAUUGCUGGGUGUGAGACAUUUUUGUUAGGUUUCUUUUUAGAAUUUUGUUUCAUACCGUAACCAUAAAUGUCUGGAGGUACAUUACAGAAAGCCAUUGACCUGGUUACUAAGGCAACCGAAGAAGACAAAAAUAAGAAUUAUGCGGAGGCGUUAAGACUUUAUGAACAUUCUGUUGAAUAUUUUCUUCACGCAAUCAAAUAUGAAGCACAAAGUGAUAAGGCUAAGGAAAGUAUACGAGCCAAGUGUGUGCAGUAUUUAGAUAGAGCUGAAAAAUUGAAGGGUUUUCUAAAUAAGGGAGGACCCAAGAAGAAGGUCUUAGAUGGGGAGGGAAAUUCCUCAAACAAAGAUAAAAAUGAAUCAAGUGAUGAAGAUUCGGAAAAAGAUGCAGAAACAAAGAAAUUUCAAAAUCAAUUAUCAGGAGCUAUUGUGAUAGAGAAACCUAAUGUUAGCUGGGAUGAUGUCGCUGGUCUAGAGGGAGCUAAAGAAGCUUUAAAGGAGGCUGUCAUACUGCCUGUUAAAUUCCCUCAUCUAUUUACAGGAAAAAGGAAGCCAUGGAGAGGAAUUCUUUUAUUUGGUCCCCCAGGUACUGGUAAAUCAUAUCUAGCUAAAGCAGUCGCAACAGAAGCCAACAAUUCUACAUUUAUAUCUGUUUCAUCAUCCGAUUUGGUCUCAAAAUGGCUGGGAGAGAGUGAAAAAUUAGUUAAAAAUUUAUUUUCUCUGGCUAGAGACCAGAAACCUAGUAUCAUAUUUGUUGAUGAAGUUGAUGCUUUAUGUGGUUCAAGAAGUGAAAAUGAAUCAGAGUCUGCCAGAAGAAUAAAAACUGAGUUUUUGGUACAGAUGCAAGGUGUAGGAAAUGAUAAUGAUGGUAUAUUGGUUCUAGCUGCUACAAAUAUACCCUGGGUUUUAGAUUCUGCUAUAAGAAGAAGAUUUGAAAAGAGAAUCUAUAUACCUCUUCCUGAAGCACCUGCUAGAACAGAAAUGUUUAAACUUCACAUGGGGUCUACACCACACAAUUUAAGUGAUGAAGAUUUCAGACAAUUAGGACUGAGAACAGAUGGUUUUUCUGGAGCUGAUAUAAGUAUUGUUGUAAGAGAUGCGUUAAUGCAACCUGUACGUAAGGUUCAAACUGCUACACAUUUUAGAAAGGUGAGGGGUCCAUCUCGUAGUGAUCCAAAUACAAUAGUAGAUGACCUAUUGACCCCGUGUUCACCAGGUGCUCCAGGUGCUAUAGAAAUGAGUUGGAUACAUGUCGAUGGGGAUAAAUUAUUAGAACCCAUUGUUGGCAUGAGUGAUAUUUUGUUAUCGUUAACAACAUCAAAACCAACAGUUAAUCAAGACGAUUUAGAGAAGCUGAAAAAAUUCACAACAGAUUUUGGACAAGAAGGAUGAAUAGACUAUAUUUAUAUAUUACAUGUAUAUGUAUAUAGAAUUUUAUCAUAUUGUAUUUAAAAUAUCUAAGUUGACUACUCCAUUGAUUGAAUGGGUUGCUCCCCCUUUCUUUCUUUUGUACACUCAUUUGUGUGUGUAUGUCGACUUACAAUUCAGAACCAUAAACUAUUGUAAUGAAUUAUAUAUAUCACAUUGUUUCUUAUUGCUUUCUACUUUGUAAAUCAUUUUAAAAUGUCAAAACUGCUCCAUCCUUUACGGUACUCUGUUAGUCAACUGCCCAGCUUUGUAGGUCUUUCUCCUGGUUCACUUGUUAAGCCUGAAUGGAUUGCUGAGAUGCAGAGUCAAAUCUAGUGAUGGAGUUGUAAUUACCCACUUUCAGAUGUUAAUUUACUUUUUCUGUGCAUAAGAUUAUAUGCAAUAGUUGACCUAACAAUCCCUAAAGGAAUAUAUCUUUAAAUCUUAUAAAUAUGAAUAAUCAAAUGUUUAUAGUAAUUCAUAAUGCAUGGUUUUCUGCAUUAUGUAUGAUUAUCAUUAUAAUCCUGGUUGUCCUGUUUUAUCCCAUUAUAUUAAACUCUAAUGGUCUCAUAUUCAAGAUGGUGGUUGACAAAUCUGCAAGGAUUUGCCAUUAGCCAAUCAUUUUACCUAUAGCCCAAUGAGGUCAGAGUAAACGUUAAAUGUGGAGACCAUACACAAUAUUACCAGCCAAAUAUAGAAAACGAUGACUAUAUAUACUAUAAAGAUUAAAACUGCAUACAAAUGAAUGCAAGAAAAAGUUUGAACAUGUAGUAUAUAUAGUGCUUUGGUGAAUUGGUCAUCUUAAAAUAAAUGAAUAUAAAUUAAUGCAUAAGUAAACUAGAAAUAUGUUUGAACAGUUAAAGUGACAAUUCCUAUUUCGGUAUAGUCUGAAAUGGGUUCUUAGUCGUACUGUUCUACUCCGACUGGGCUAAUGAAGACAGUAUAGAGUGCUAAUGUUGCUCAUAAUAAAUGUCUUCAUUAGGCAGGAGGUGUACAAAAUACAGAAAGAUGUAAAUAAGGUUAUUUGUAUGAAAAUACAUUUAAUUAUUAUUAUUAUUAUUAUGAAUGAUUUGUUAAAUGUUGUAAUCCAACAAAUUGCAGUCUUCAUUUUGUGCUUAUAUUAUGAUGAAUACUUUUGUACAUAUUAUUAAUAAAUUACUAGUAA